AUGGAUCUCCGCUCAGUUCUUAAUACAUCUGACGGCGGCGAUCGCGCUCCGGCCAAACCUGCGCCGAAACCGCAACCGCCGCCGCAGCUACAUCAACAGCAGCAGCAACCUCACCCCCAGCAGAUACAGCGACCAUCGCAGAGUCCGGCCCAAGCACCCGCUCCUCCUCCGUACUAUCGCGAGUACGGCCGCCAUCCACCGCCGCAACCCUCACCAGGCAAACCGAUGCCACAAGAAUAUCCUCCGCAUGCUGGCCAUCCCCAUCACGCUCAGUCACGACCACCGUCGCAUCCUCACCCAUCUCCCCAUCAACCACCGCCUGGUGCGUAUCCACCACAAUCUCCGUACCAGGCACCCGGGCCAUAUCCAGGACGUCCUGCACCCCCUCCGCUACAGCCAACAGGCUCUUUUCACGAUCCACGGUCCCCAAGUGUCCAGACUCCAGGUCAAUCCCCUUAUCGAACAUCAACGACUCCGUCGGCCGUAGCGGCUGCCGCAGGUUAUCCUUUUCCACCAACUCAGUCCCCGGGGGAGAUGGCCAGUCCAGUCCAGCGACACCAAUAUUCACCUACUCAAUACGCAACUCGGGAAAGCUUCUCUCAGGUCCCACAAGGCGUGCCACCAGGCCAUGCACCUGGUCAUUAUCCUCCGACUCAGCAACAACACCCACAAGGCGCUAUCCCACAGACGCAGCAAUAUCUGAAUCAGCGUCCUCCCUCAGCUAGUCAUUCUGCUCACUCUACUCCGACUCCAACAUCCGCUCAACCACAUCAUCCUUACAGUUCUUUUGUUCAAGGUAGUCCUGUCACAGCUUCGCGCCCACCGCCUGCCGAACACAAUCGCCAACCUUCACAACCACCCACUCCUGUCGGUCCUCCUCUGUCUGCCGGAUCUCGACAAGCAUCUGUUACAGGUGGUUUUGCACAGCCUUCGAGUCCUUACCAACAAAGACUUUCCUACACUGGGGCCCCCAUACCGCAAGCACAGGCACAGGUACAAGCACAAGUACAGAGCUCACCUCCGCCUCCGCUUCACGCGAAGCGCAUAUCUAGUAGCUACGGUUCGCCUGCCCCCGACGUACACCGACGAUCCCAAUCGCACAGUGAGCGAGCUCCAAGCCCAUCCGUUAGUCCCAAAUCUCGAGUCCCGUCGAUUCAAAGUAACCACGAUCCACUUGCUGCAUCAGCGGCAGCAGACGCCAAAGUCAAACUAGCUCAAUCGGCUCCCAUACCCCAACCAGCCCAGCCAAUGGCCAUUGACACAGAACGCGCUGCAACUCCUGCCAAGCGCAAGCUUGAGGAUCGCGACAGUCCCAGACAAGAACCAGAUGAGAAACGAAUGAGGCCCAGCGAGAUUAACGGCGGCGCUGCUGUGAAGCGCGAAUCUGAGUCGGCUUCUUCCAGUGUACCAGCAGCUGGGGCAAUCAAAAAGCGAAGACGCUACUCACAACCGCCUAUCUGGGCACAAGAUGCUCGAAAAAUGAACGGCAUGCCUACGAAUGCGAACUUUGUGCUACAAAAGAGAGCCCAUUCAAAUCUUAAUGGAAAGAAGGAGAACGCCCGCCCCAGUCGCCAUGCCUCGCCAGAGACGAACCGGGGCAACCCUCCUCACGUUCCCGCCGCUGAACCAGGUCCCGCAGAGAUCCUCGGACCUUGGGAACCGAGUCUUACUGGCCUCAAACCUUUUGAGGACGUAUCAAGACAAGUGGCUGAUUUCCUCUUCCUCAAUGUUAUCAACACCCCAGAUAUGAGGGAAAUCAGUAGUCGCGGGAUCCAGUUUGAAAUUGAAGCGAAAUUGGGCACUCUCAUCGACAGAGAUACCAAUCAACGAGUUGAUCGAGGUAUUGCGUCUGAAUGCAUCUUGAUGGACAACAGUCGUGUAGCUUUUAAGAGUAGCAUGACGGAAGGCUCACACAAGAAGAUGAACGACUACCUAAACGAACUGGUCAAAAUCACACAUCCCAUGAAUCCAGCAGGCAGCCAACGUGUACCCAUCGUUGCUCUGCACCGGAGAGAGAGAGACCGGUUUUUCGAGAUUCCGCCAGAUCUACAAGCAAGAAUACCUGGAUGUGUCCAAAGCCGACUGGGAUUGCGAAGAGCAGUCCGCGUGCGAGUCACAUACAACCAAAAGGACAACAAGGUUAUUGCCAAGAUCAUCAAGGCGCGUGUAGCUGACCUAGAUAUCCACUUCCCGAUUUUACCAAUGGAUUGUCGAAUCAGUAUCAACCUCGAAAUGAACUGGGAUGGCUCGGUGGAAGAACUGGAGCAGCUUCCAAAUCGUGAUCGUGGGGAAAACCCUGAGCGAAACAAGGACAGACUCAGUUACACACACGGGCCCUACCAGGUUGACCUCACGCAGGUCAUACAAGAUCGCCAUGGAGUAAAAGAGAAGGAGCAUGAACUUGAGAUUGAACUCGACUCGAAGCUUCUAAUCGACCAAGGGAGCAAGGCAGCGAGCUCAAGACCUCACCGCUAUCAAGAACUUGUGGAAGGAUUUGUGGACAACAUACGACUUCUUACACGUAACGUGGCACACUGA